AUUUCCCACGAGCUAUUUCUAGGGGUGUCAUAAGGAUCAUGCCCGUGCUCUAAAAUCCGUGGGAGUAGCUAAUCACCUUUGCCUGAGCAGAGGGAGGUGUGGUGUCAAAUAACUUUCACCCGGACAGUCAGGUGAAGUGGGAAGCCUGGUCCUUAGAUGAAAAGUGAUAUUUCCAAUCCCGUGCUAAUGUGGCGGGGGAGAGCUCGGGGACCCAUUAACCAGGAGGUGGGGGUGACCUUUCCGUCCUAGUUCGGUGACCUGCCAGGUCUCCAGCCCCUGCUCUUCCCCUCGGGCUGCUCCGGAGAGACGCUCGGCGCCAGGGAGUGCGCACGAUUUCACUGUUCAUCCGUUUGCAGGGAGGGAAAAAUCCCCACACUGGCAGGGUGAUGCCAAACUCGGUGUGAGUGGGAAGAGCGGAGCAGCUGCUGGAAUGAGAUGCCAAAGCAGCUCCCCUUUCCCCUGCGCUUUUGGGUGCCUAUAAAUUGCUUCGGCGCCUUUGUCAGCCUCCUCUUCUCCUGGCAGGUGGCAGGCGGGCAGGCUCCAGCGCUCACUCUGUCGGUGGCUCCGCACCCAGCCAGCAGCCCCGCAGAGCGCCCGCGGGUGCGCGUUGCAGGAAAGAAGCAGGAACCGGCUAGGAGGGGAUCGGGCCGCUGCCGCGAGGGGGGAUUUUUCGUGCGCUCUUGCAAGUUUCACCAGCCGGCGCUGCCUUGGGAGACUUGUUGUCGCUGCAGAAAAAAAGGAGGUGGGGCAGGAAAGCGGGGCGAUCGCCAGGGGCGCGAAGAGGCCGGCGCGAGGGAAAGUUGAUUCGAAGUGGCACCGUAUGCAGAAAAAAAAAAGCCGAUCGCCAGCAGGAGCAUAAAAGUGUGAGCGGCUCCGGCGCUGGGCGGCAGCUCCCUGCGCGCUAGAGCAGCUGCAGCCACAGGUGCCCGGGGCUCAGACUUUGCCUUGCGGAGCGGCCGCGGGCGCUUUCCUCGCCGCAAGAGCGGAGCCGGGGGGCUCGGGCUAGCCAGGGGCGUCGGGGUGUUUUCGGCUCUGAGGAGGUCCCCGCCAACCAGCAAGAUUUUGUCCAAAAGCAGGCAGGAGGAUCGCCCUGCGCUGAGCCGGCUGGUGGGCAGCAGGCGGCGGCUGAUCGCGGCCGGCGCCCUGGGGGUGGUCAUGGUGCUGCUGCUGGUCAUCCUUAUCCCGGUGCUGGUGAGCUCGGCCGGCACCUCGGCGCACUACGAGAUGCUGGGCACCUGCCGCAUGGUCUGCGACCCCUACGGCGGCACCAAGGCGCCCAGCACGGCGGCCACGCCCGACCGCGGCCUCAUGCAGUCCCUACCCACCUUCAUCCAGGGGCCCAAGGGCGAGGCCGGCCGCCCGGGCAAGGCGGGGCCCCGCGNCGGGCCGGUGGGGCCCCCGGGGGAGAAGGGCGAGCCCGGGCGCCAGGGCCUGCCGGGUCCUCCCGGGGCACCGGUGCUGAACGCGGCAGGGGCCAUCAGCGCCGCCACCUACAGCACCGUGCCCAAGAUCGCCUUCUACGCCGGCCUCAAGCGCCAGCACGAGGGCUACGAGGUGCUCAAGUUCGACGACGUGGUCACCAACCUGGGCAACCACUACGACCCCACCACGGGCAAGUUCACGUGCUCCAUCCCCGGCAUCUACUUCUUCACCUACCACGUGCUGAUGCGGGGCGGCGACGGCACCAGCAUGUGGGCAGAUCUCUGCAAGAACAACCAGGUUCGAGCUAGUGCAAUUGCUCAGGAUGCUGAUCAGAACUACGACUAUGCCAGUAACAGCGUGGUUCUUCAUUUGGAGCCAGGAGAUGAAGUUUACAUAAAAUUAGAUGGAGGAAAAGCACAUGGAGGAAACAACAACAAAUACAGCACAUUUUCUGGAUUUAUUAUUUAUGCUGACUGAUUAUGAAUCAAAAAUGAAGCUUGUUCUUCUAAGAGAUGGACUCAUGUGGCAAAAGUCAAUGAAUCAAGAAUCCAGCGGAUAUUGACCGUGGGACACCUCAGUAGUGGGGGGAAAAUCAAAUGCUACCUGACUCACAUCUGUAUGACACAAAAAAAAACCUUAUAUUAAAAAUAUAUAUAUAUAUUCAAAGCAAGUUAAACAGAUGUGUGAUCCACUACCGCCAAAGCAAAUACUUCUUAUUGUUAGUGUCGAUGUGAAUGAAGUCCUAUAUAGAUCACAAAUUUUUAUAGGAAAAUCUAAAGACACUGAAUUAUUUCUUUAGUAUAUACGAUACUUCGAUGUAUUAUGAUCUUGCUGCUUUAUCCAUACGUCACCUUUGGUUCUUGUGACUUACCCGCUAACUAUGAUGCUUGGAGUCCACUCAUAGUGAGGAAUGAGUUUACAAUAAAAGGAAGAGGUAAUUGAAAUGCUUCUUCUCUCCAAAGGAAUUGUUUGCCUUGUACUUUUGUUAUCCUUCUAUCUAGAACUAGAAACUAAUAAGUUUCAAGCCUUAACUCUUAAUUUCCCUGCUUUGUGAGUGUAGGUCAGGCCUUUUAAAUGAUUUCCACCUGUUUGUUUAGUUUAAAUUUCCUUUCCCUCCCCUUAAUUGUAUUCUAAGAGAGACCGACAGAAGAAACAAUUCAAAGAAAAUACAAGAGGAGAUAUAACUAACUGCUUAUAUUUGGACCAAAUCCUGGGUCCACUGAAGCCAAUUGCAAAACUCCGAUUUGGCUUUUAAUAUGUAAACAAAUUAGGCUCUUAAUUUGUAAACAUGUGUAAAUACAUAUAUUUAGACAAUUUAACAAACCCAUUCUUGAUGGUUUGUUGUGU